AUGAAAUCAAGGCAUAUUUUUGGGUUCGUAAUUUUCGUUUGGUCUGGUUUAAUGAAACCAGCUAACUCCAACAAUUUGGAGGAUAUGAGAUUAAAAAGGCAGGUCAACAGUAUUCCGCUAGUUUUUCCUUAUGGAGCAACCUAUAAGCUCUUGGUCGGAAUGAUAUCGCCAGUACCGAACAAUGAUGGGAUUAGCUUGAUUUUCGCUAUCAACUUCCAAUAUCAGUAUUUACAGUAUCAAAACAUAUCCCAAUUAUCUCAAUACUAUUUCAUCAAGCAAGUGUCGAGGGAACAAAGGGAUUUGGAUGUGGAAGAGAGAAAAGACGAGAGAUUGGUGUUCUAUAAGGCUGUGGCGGAUUUGCUUCAAAUGAAAGGAAUGAACGGCGAGGACUGUGUGCUGCGAGCAAUAUGUGAGGCAGCUCAGUUUCCAGUGGAAGAGGAGGGCCUGGUGGGUGAGGUUUUACACAUUUUACUAACACCUGACUAUGGAAGGACGGCGUUUGAGGAGAAUGAUCCAGGCUGGAAUGAUUUAAUGUCGCCUUACAUAGAUGCGGCCGUUGUCGGGAGACAAAUGUUCGACUGCGCUUCCGUUUAUUACAACUGUCCCGAAGGUCAAGGUGUUUUAGAGUUAAUCUCAGAGUUAAGAAACGAA